CGCUCUCUCUGGUGUUUUCCACCUGCAGACAAGAAGCCACACGGAGCCUAGAGAGCCUGAAACACCAACGCAGUCUCAGUGAAACAGCUGGAGAAGUCAAAAUCUUUCUGUUUGAAGGACUUUUUCUAGAGAGCAGCGAUGGUUUGCGGCGGAUUCGUUUGCACCAAGAACGGACUCUGCGCUCUGAAUAUACUUUACGUUAUGGUGAGUCUGCUGCUUGUCGGAGUGGCAGCCUGGGGGAAAUGGUUCGGCCUGGUCUCCAGCAUCAGGGUGGUGGCGGGGGUCAUCGGCGUGGGCAUCUUCCUCUUCAUGGUCGCCUUUGUGGGUCUGUGCGGCGCCCUGAAGCACCACCAGGUCCUGCUCUUCUUUUACAUGAUAAUCCUGUUCAUAGUGUUUGUCGUGCAGUUUUCUGUGUCCUGCGCAUGUCUGUCCCUGAAUAAAGACCAACAGAACAAUCUCCUGGAGGUUGGAUGGAACAAAUCUGAAUCCACUCAAAUGGACGUCGAGAAAACCCUCGACUGCUGUGGUUACUCUUCUUUCAACCCCAAUGGCACAUGUGCAGCUCGAUGCUUUCACAGCAACCCUCCGGUGAUUUGUAACACGUGCGCAAGCAUCAUCCAGCAGUACGCAGGAGAGGUGCUGCGGUUUGUGGGAGGUAUCGGACUGUUCUUCAGUUUUACCGAGAUCGUUGGUGUUUGGCUUGCCCACAAAUACAGAAAUAUCAAAGAUCCUCGAUCAAAUCCGGGAGCCUUCCUAUAGGCCUAACCACUCACCGUAAAAAAAAAAAAAAAUAUGCACUGCUGAGUAUUUUUUUCCUCUAAACUUCUCUGGACAUUUGUUUUUUUCAAGAUUUAAAGCCAGAUGUAACUCAAGAUGAAUUAUCACCACUGUUGCCACAAUGUAACCAUGUCUGUGGUAUUGUAAAGAUUGUAAAACGUUGUGUUUCAAAGUCGUCACACAGAGUCUUAAAGUUAGCAAACAGAGGAAGCAAUGGCAGCUACACAGCACAGUCUUAAGUUUGCUCACAGCUAACAUUAGCUAACACAAACAACUGGUUAUACCAGGUCUGGUUUUGUUGUAGCUACAAAUCAUAUAAAAGCAAAGAAGUGUUUUUGUUGUUAAGGAAACCUUUUGUUGCCAACAAUUAGAAUUAGUUUCAUCUUUAAAUCUAUAGUCUUGCUUUAAUGUGCGCUAGCUGUGAU